AUGAUGGAAGCAAAUACUCCUUCCUAUCAAGCAGCCAAGGAGAAUAAGGAUUUGACCAUGGACAGCAAAGAAGCAGUGUCGCUGAACUGCCAGCCUCAGGAAGCAGAACGAGAGGAGUCAGGUCCCACCAAAGCAGGAAGCCAGAAGAUCCGCAAUGAGAAGUCCUGGCUCAAACGGCAUCGCUCUUCAUUGCUACGCAGGGACAGGCAGGCCAGGAAAGCUGGGCAACUCUUCUCAGGCCUGAUGGCCACAAAUGUGGUGUUUCUAGGUAGCGCUUUUAUCUGCAGCAUGAUUUUUAACAAGGUGGCCAUUACCUUAAAAGAUGUCUGGAUUUUCUUGGUUAUCCUCAAAAUCUUGACCUCAGGUUGGAUGGUAUACUAUUUAUUCUUCACUAGGUUGAGGGCAAAUGCAGUGUUAUGCCGGGAUCCUCAUGCAGGCCCCAUCUGGGUUAAAGGGUCUCUCCUACUGUUUGGAGCUUGCAGCGUCCUUCUGAACAUGUUCUGGAUUGGAUAUGACAUUAUCCACAUUCAUUGUAAAUCCCCAGUGGAAAUUGUUUUCCCAUCCAUAGGAAUACUCUUUAUCUGCAUCCAGACUUACUUUAUAUGGUGCCACGCAAAGGACUGUACCCAAGUUGAGCACAACAUCACCAGAUGUGGUCUAAUGUUGACCUUGGCCACUAACCUACUGCUGUGGGUCUUAGCAGUGACCAACGACUCACUUCACAAAGAGAUUCAAUUAAAAGACCCUGCUGUUCUCCCCCAUCUUGCUCCAGGCAACUGGACCAGUUCCUGCAAAUGCUCAAACACAACCACCUGCCAGGUCUUCCAGAAAGGAUAUAUUCUGUUAUACCCCUUCAACACUGAAUACUGCCUGAUCUCCUGCUCCAUGCUUUACAUCAUGUGGAAAAAUGUUGGACGACACCUCACUCAGCAUCAUACUACUUGUAUCAAGCCUAGACUGAGACUCCAUGGAGUCAUUUUUGGGCCUCUGCUUGGCAUUUCUGCAGUAAUCAUUGGCAUCUGUAUUUUUGUGAUAUAUCAAAUUCAAGCCACCAGUUCCACUCUUAGCCUGCAGGCAUUCAUACUCUAUUAUUCCUAUUACAUCUGUUUGUUACCUGUGAUGACCAUAGGGGCUUUAGCUGGAACCAUCAUUCAUGGCCUAGAAGAAAGGGAACUGGAUACAGUAAAAAAUCCAACACGGAGCCUUGAUGUGAUCUUGCUUAUGGGAGCAGCCUUAGGCCAGAUUGGCAUCUCUUACUUUUCCAUUGUAGCCAUUGUGGCCACCAAUCCAAAGGAUCUGUUGAACAGCAUCAACUUGGCUUAUUCAGUGAGCAUCAUCAUUCAGCACAUUGCACAGAACAUCUUCAUUAUUGAGGGGCUCCACAGGCAGCCACUGGUGGUGAAUGACGUCCCUAGCCAUGCAGCCUCUUCUAUGGGAGAUCCUACCUCAAACCAGGAAGAAAGAGAAGGAAUCAGGAGAGCCUCACAGAACUACAUUCAGACAUACCACCAUUUGAACUGGAAGAGGAAAGCUCUGAAGGAAAUCUCCAGUUUUUUGAUCAUGUGCAACAUCAUACUGUGGAUCAUGCCAUCAUUUGGAGCACAUCCAUCAUUUGAGAAUGGAUUAGAGACAUCAUUUUAUGGCUAUUCCAUCUGGUUUGCUAUUGUCAAUUUUGGGCUUCCCCUGGGUGUGUUCUACAGAAUGCAUUCUGUCGGUGAUCUCUUGGAGGUGUAUCGGUUUGUUUGA